UCGGCCAACCCAGCCCGGGAGCCGCCGCCUUAGUCUCUCGAGGAGCAUCUUUCGCUGGUUCGCCGCGCCUCGGGAGUCUCCGUCGCUGCAGGCUUUGCGCCCGCCCCGGCCUUGGAAAUCUUUGCACAAUGCCAGUAACCCGCUCAAAAUCAGUGGGCAACACCAGUGCCCUGACAUCUACCUUGGGCAUUGUUCGCCUGCUGCAAGCCCUUUUCACCUGUGUGGCCUUCAGCUUGGUGGUCCACCGGAAUGCCUGGAGUGGCCGCAACGGGGACUGGUGCAUGUUCUCAUGGUGUGUGUGUUUUGCCGUCACCAUCGUCAUCUUGGUGGUUGAGUUUGCUGGCCUUCAGCAUCGCAUGCCGGUCUCUUGGAAGAACUUCCCCAUCACUUUUGCCAUGUAUGCCACGUUGAUGUGUCUCUCUGCUUCCAUCAUCUACCCGGUAGCCUUCAUUCAGAAUCAGAACCUUCCUCGUGAGGAACGGGGAUACCGCAUUUCGGCCACUGUGUUUUCUUGCCUGGCCUUUCUAGCUUACCUCACUGAGGUCAGCAUAACCAAAGCUAAGCCAGGAGAAGUUACCGGCUACAUGGCGACUGUCCCAGGAUUGCUGAAGGUGGUGGAGACUUUUAUUGCCUGCAUCAUCUUUGUCUUCAUAAGUUACCCAACUUUGUAUGACAGCCCAGAAGCUAUUCAGUGGUGCAUGGCGGUCUACUGCAUCUGUUUCAUCCUCUCGUUUGUGGUGAUUAUCCUCUGCAUUGGUGAAUGCACCGGCUGGUUGCCAUGCCCGUUCAACAAAUUCCUCAGCGGCUACACUUUUUUGGCCGUGCUCAUGUAUGCCACUGCCACAAUUAUUUGGCCAGUCUACAAGUUUGACAGAAAACACGGGGGAGAGUCAUCCCGACCCCGGAACUGUAGCAACUUCUGUAUCUGGGACAAGCUUGUUACUAUAGCUGUUCUGACCGCUCUCAAUCUACUGAUGUACCUUGCAGACCUGGUGUAUUCUGCACGGCUGAUAUUCAUCCAGGGGUAGACAGUGUCUGGCAGCAAGGAGAACCAGGGCAGCAGUGGUCCAAAAGGAAGGGAGAAGAAAGGGUCACGCUUCUCUCUCUUCUGCUUUUAUUUGUUCCUUUCUUCCGUCUCUCUCCUCUGCCUGAAAUCCCACUCGUUCAUUCACCCUCUCUCUGCAUUCUUGCUCUCUAGCCAUCUCAGUUACCUCAUUUCCUGCCUAGGUUCAUGCUCUGUGCUUGCCACGCAAUUGUUCUUCUCCCCUCUCCAUCCUGAGCCCAUUGCACACGACAGCCGUAUGACAAUUUGCUGUAUGCAGAGCUUGGGAUGGUUCACAAACACCUCUGUGUAACCAUCUUUGGCUUUCCCAUGUACGUAUCUUCUCCAGUGCAGUUGGUUGGGAACUUCAUGACCCAGGGCCCGAGGAUGCUUAGUGCUAUGAAAAGUGGUGGCAGUGGCAGUUGCAAGUGUUGGUCGAGGGGAGAAGGUAGAGAGAGAGGGCGUGCCUAUCCUUGAUGGGGAGGGUGCCGUGGUGUUCACUUGUCACUCCAGGACAUUCCCACGAGAGUCCACUUCCUGAUGUUUUCCUUAAGUUACUUAGCUUGCAGACAACAUUUUUCAUUUUCUGCCUUUGACGGCUACACUUUAUCCAGACUACUAACUUCUUGCAUUUCUGGUGGGUAGAAUAUGAAGGAUCCGUUCAGAGGUGUGUGCCAGCAACCACCAUCAAUCACCCAUUUUCUCAAAGGAGAGCAUGCAGCAAAGACAGGAACAUUGGCAGCAGAAAAGAAUUCGGAGCAUUCUCCUUGAUGUACUUAUUUUAUUUGGCAUUUAAAAAAUUACUCCUCUAUUUAGCUCCUUAUAAAAGUUUUGGGUUCCUUUUUUCUGUCUUCCUUUGCCCUUACCAAAUGUACUUGCUGUUUUCCAUUAUGAAUACGUUUUUUUUUGGAAAGGUAGAUGUUUACAGUAGAGCCUUUGGCUGCCUGCGCUUUCCAUUGGAAUGAAUGGGGACUGCACAGGAGCAGUGCUAGGUGGGUGGCUUACUUUGCAGAUCCGUAGAGGGUUUAUUCUCCAGGGUUGCUUGGGGAGAAAUUAACUGCAACGUGUUCAGGACUGGUGACGAGUCUUCUGCGACAGCUGUGAAGGUCCUGCAAAAUGAUUUAUGCGGGAGUUGCUGAGGCUUGCAGUGACUUAAAUCUAAAAAGGGUAGUUCUCUUUUUUGCUUUCAGAAGUCAACAAAAUAAAUUCUAUUAUUUUGGGGCAGUUACAAGGAACGUUUCUUGAUUUGGGGACAUGAAAGCCAAUUAUCUGUGAUUGCCAGGCUGAAAGAUGGCAUCUGCAGUGGAGCAGCAUUUAGGUAAGAGUUAAAAAUCCUUGCCUGCAACUUUUUUAAAGAACUAUGUUUUACAGAAAGGUGGUAUUUGAUUUUGUAAGA